AAUAGCGCUAAACCAGUUAAACGUUAUCAUGAAAAUACAAAUUGUUAUCGAUGGUAAGAAAAUGAUUCUUAAGAAACAUUAGAUUUAUUGGUAUCGUUAAAGUCCGAUCUACUCGAUCGUCGCUCGAAGCAUAAUGAAAGAAUAUGUCACUUUUAUCAUGUUUUGGUCGAAAAACUUCUUUUGAUCGCCAAGAUGUUGAUAUUUUUGAAAUUGACUUAAAUAAUUCGGAUCUAAAUGAUGUACCAUUACAAGUGUUUUUAUAUGAAAGAACUUUGGAAAAACUAUUAUUGUCUUCCAAUCAUAUAAGGGAUUUACCUUUGCCAUUAUUCCACUGUGAACAGUUAAAAAUCUUGCAUAUAAGUGAUAAUAAACUAGAUCAACUCCCAAAAGCCAUCGGGUCUUUAGUUAAUCUGAAUGAAUUAGAUAUUAGUAGAAAUUAUUUAACUACUCUUGACGAAAAUAUUAAAGGAUGUAAAAAACUAUCUAUAUUGAAUUUAAGUGUUAAUCCUUUGUCUCAAUUCCCAAUUCCUCUAACUCAAGUAUUAUGUCUGCGUGAACUUUGUUUAAAUGAUACUCAAUUGGAAUUUAUACCUGCUAACAUUGGACGACUUUCUAAUUUAAGAAUUUUAGAAUUAAGGGAUAACAAAAUAUCAAAAUUACCUAAAGCAGUUUCUCGUUUGACUCGAUUAUAUAGACUUGAUAUUGGCCAGAAUGAUUUCAUAAGUUUUCCUAUAGUUAUCAGCGAACUCAAUGAAUUACAAGAAUUAUGGAUUGAUUCAAAUGAUAUUGAAGAAAUUCCUGAGGAAAUUUGUCACUUACAAAAUCUAUGGUAUUUUGAUGCAAGCUACAAUAGGAUAACUGCUAUUAAUCCAAGUAUUCAGUAUUGCUCAAAAUUAAAAGACUUUUACUUGUCUUUCAAUAAUUUAAAAUCUAUACCCAGCUCUAUAAGACAUUUACAUGAAUUAGUGACAUUAAAAAUGGACCAUAAUUCUUUAAAGCAAAUUCAUGGUGUUUUUGAAGGUUUUAAAUUUCUUGAAGAGUUUGAUGCAUCUUACAACUUUUUAGAGUGUUUACCACCUAGUGUAGGUUUGAUGAGGAAAUUGAUUGUUCUUCGAUUAGAUGAGAAUAGAUUGAAUGAUAUUCCAAUUGAAAUUUGUAGCUGUAAAAACUUGAGGGAACUAAGUCUACGCUCUAAUAACUUAAGCAAUAUACCUGAUGGAAUUGGAAGUUUACAAAAUUUAGUUAUUCUUAUGUUGACACAAAACCAAAUUAAAAAUCUUCCUCUAUCAAUACUGAAAUUAACAAAAUUAAAUGCUCUUUGGUUAUCUGAGAACCAAAGCAAACCAUUAACUCCUUUGCAGAAUGAUUUUGAUUAUAAGACUGGAAAACAUGUUUUAACAUGUUAUUUAUUACCACAAAGAGAAGAUUAUCUCAUUGAAAAUAAAUUAGACGGUUAUAAGACUAUGAGAUCAAGCACCAAGAUCAGAUUUAGUAUUGAUUCUGGUAUGGAAGAACCCAGUAAUUUAUUAAGAGUCCCUACUCCUCACCCUAAAAAGAUGAGAGCUCUAGCUAGGAUAAUUAUGGAACGAAAACAAGCUGCCACAAUGGAUGAAGAAACAUUGACUAAUAAUAGUCCACCUUUAUUGUUUCCAAGUGAAGUAAAUUAUGUGUCAAGUAUUGAUCAAGAAGCAGAAAAAAUGGAACAACUAUAUCAAAUGAAAAAUAAUAUGAAACAAACUGAACUAAACAGUCAACAAAAUAUUAAUAUGCCAAGGAUUCCACCACCAUAUCAUAUAGCAGCUGCAUACUCAAAACAAAUUCAAUUUUUUCAGAAUAGAAGUUCAUCUUGAUAGUUUCCUUUUUACUAUUACUAGUUCUAUGUUAUUCAAUUUUUACUUGUAUAAAUUGUAUAAAAAUUACAUUUCAAAUUUUUUUUAUA